AUGGAUUUCCAAAAGAAGAGGGUUCAAUUUCUUCUCUUUAUAGUUGGAAUCAUUGCUCUUAGCAUCACAGCUGAAAAAUGCCGGCAACUGGUUGGGGAUAAUGAUUCAUCCCAGAGUGGGAAGUUCACAAUCUUUAACUGCUUUGACAUGGGCUCUGGAACCCUAGCAUGUGCAGUGAAAGAGGGUGUGAAGUUGUAUUUCUACAAUAUGAGAUCAGCUCAUAUCGAGAAAGCAAGGAAUCUUGCAAUUGAGCGCUCGUUAAUUGAUGCAAUGGGACAGGGAAUGCCUGCACAAGAUGUGGCAAAAACAGCACAGAAAGAAGGGGCAAAGGCAGCAAAGCUGGCAAAACGGCAAGCAAAACGCAUCAUAGCUCUUUACUAUGGUGGUACAGUAACAGAAGGCUUCCUUAGGGGCAGUGGAACCCUGGUCGGUGCCUAUGCUGGAGGUUUUCUUGGUGAUGAAAGGCUUGGGCGUGUUGGUUAUCUUGUUGGCAGUCAUUUGGGCAGUUGGGUUGGAGGUAGGAUAGGGCUGAUGGUUUACGAUGUGGUAAAUGGAGUCCAUUACUUGCUUCUGUUUGUUCAAGGAGAAGAUAGUGAAGUUCUUGAAACUCCAACUUAUGAGAAGUUUGAAGUUUCUGAGGACUCUCAAGAAUACACUAGUUACGAGGCUUCCGAAGAUUCUAAUGUGUACGAAUCUCCUCCUGACGAAAGUUCCGAAUCAUAUGAGCAUUCCGAGUUUAGGUGA